AUGCCCUUCAUGAUGGGCAUCGGUCAGCUACUUGCACCCCUCGAUGAGUAUGAUCUCACUUUCCCUGACCUCAUGGCCUUUGUUCGGCUUGCAUGCAUGGCGAAACCAUUCAUUCGCCAGUGCAUGACUGACAUCCGACAUCCACCCAUCCACCCUCCACAAGUUGUCAUAUCCCUUCUUGCUGGCGCACUCAGUCAAGACCCACCAACUAUCCUCGCAUGCUGGGUAGCAUUCCGUCAGGUUAUCUGGACUCACGGUGCAGUACUCCCAACUGACCAGGAGAUUGAAGUAUUUAACUGUCAUGGACUUGUGCGUGGUAUUGGAUAUCAUGACUUGUAUCCACCAACACGUGUAUGCCAGCGUCCCGAAUGCGUGAACUACCGUGAUGGUGAUGAAGUAGCCACUCUCACGGAUGUCAAUACAUUUCGUGCUAGCCUCUUUACACUACGAGAUGAAUGUCAUACCAGAUAUUACCCCAACUAUUGGACUAACAACACCGACUUGACACGCAUUUACUAUGCUGGUGUUCCCAGCGUCAUUCAGGCUGCGAGGCAUUUCUAUAUUGAAGCUGCACUGUUGGAACUUUUUGCCGCAACGAAAGUCUUCGGAUGGAUGUCUAGCAUGAACUGUGCUCGCGUGUACAACUAUGCACUUGCUCGACGGCAUGCCUACAUCUCGAACAAUAGACGCGCUUUUGAUGCUACACUUCCACAAGCUUUUGACGAGGAAUUUUUAUGGCAGUAUACCCUUCGAAUACGUGACACUGACGUCCUGAAUGGUUUUUUUAUCUACUCACUGCUACUGGAGAAGGCAGAGAAUAACACUUGCCUUGUUCUCCCCCACGACGAGCAUCAACGGAUCCGAAUUGAUGUUGCGCUGAGUGAGCGCAACAAAGAAAUGGAAGGUAUUGGGCAGGAAGCAUACCCGCAUGCCUGUGACUUAUGCUUCAUCGUUAUUGGUGAUGACGACUCAAAAUCGAAAAUUCAAGCAGCUGUUUGUGAUGGUAAUACCAUCGGGCACCCGUGUUGUGCAGUGCAUGACUGCAAAGUCCCACUUAUGACCAACCGUCAUCGUUUCUGUCCUGACCAUCAAGACUUGAACCAGUGGUGCACAGUUGAUGGCUGUGACGAGGUCAAUGCCUCUGGAUUUCGAACAUGUGCCAAUGCGGACCACCAGGCUCUUGAAGAUGCCUACUUCAAGCCCGCGAAAGCUCUCUUCCAGCUGCGAGCGCGGCUCAAGAGGGCUGGUGUUACCUUACCCUUGGACUCUGUUCCUUCAUCCUUGGAUAGUGGUAGUAGUAACCCUAACAGCGCAGAUGAAGAUCUCGAGGUGAUUGUUGACUCCGAGUGUGACGGUAAGCCAGAGCACGGCAACAAACACCUCAGAGCAAGGUUUGGUCAGUGCCGCACCCAUAACGAGCAACUUAUUAUGCGACCUUGUGGGGUGAUAUUAGCGCGGGCUACGUUUUUUGGGUCUGAGGCUGUCUCUGCUGUUAAUGAAUUUGCAAAGGCGGUAUUCCCUACUGCCGCAUCAACACCUGAAUACUUCAUCUUUGACAACAACUGCAAGCUCCGCGCUCACCAAGACGCUAUUGGUGAUGACCACUUUGCUGCAACAGGGAUGCCUGUUGAUGUGUUUCAUUUCAACUCGAAACACAAGGAAACUGACACCUACUGUCAGCAGCACUGCAACCCUGCCGCUUUCCCAGAGCUCAUUUCCAGUGGCAAGUGGCGAUUUAAUACGUCAAUUUGCGAACAGACGAACGUUUGGCUAGGCGGGUAUCAGGCAAUCCUGUGGGACAUGUCUGUACACCGGUACAACUUUUAUCUUGAUGAAAUGAUUAAACGUCGGAACCGCUAUGUUAUCUCAGAGUCGGAGAGACGAGGGCAUUCUCCUUGGAUGAUUUCCAUGGACACUCUGUUUGGUAGUGACUAG